CACCCUUUCCGCUUUGAUCACCUACAUCCGCCAUCUUGCAAAAAACCACAAAAGUCAACAUUAUGAGAUCGACAAUUGAUCACGUUACUCUGUGCUUUUAGCUUCUAACUUCUCAAGAUCUAACCAUGGCGAAAAGCGAAUUUGAUUUAUUUUUUAAAUUUCUACUCAUCGGUGACAGCGGCGUCGGAAAGACGUGUAUUUUAUUUCGAUUUGCUGACAACGCUUUCAAUCCUUCCUUCAUACACACGAUCGGAAUUGAUUUCAAGAUAAAAACACUAGAUAUUGGUAAGUAAAAUCGUACGGAUUUUCAUGUAGAUUUACUAGUUUCUAACCUUAUGUGUCUGGCCUUAAAUAGAAUGCUUUCAAGUUUCAAGCAAGAUUUAUGCGAGUAUAAGCGAUAGGGGGGAGUGUGUUUAUUGUUAAAUUCUAUAAAUAUUAUCGAAUAUUUUGAUCAGAUAUGUGAAUAUUUGUGGCUUUAAAUGAGGGCUCUAUUUAAUAUCGUUAGUUUCUCAUAUUCUUGUUUGUCUUAGGUUCUUAUAAGGCAAGAUACUCAUAUAAAAGUGAAAGCAUUUUUUUUCGAAAUGUCAGAUACAAGCAGCAUUUGCAUCAUUAAACAAUGGUUUUGACGGUUGUCACUGAACUUCCUUAAUUGCGUUUCCUCAUUCAAAAACAAUAAAAUUUCGUGUAAAAUUUUGAUUUGAUAUCAAAGAUCGUCUUUGCUGGAAUUUUAUACAGUAUUGAGUGCGUUUCCUUAUGGCAUUUUUGAUCAAAUUUUACAUGAUCACAAUCUUCCAUCUUGAUGGCCUGAUCAUUUACAAUAAAAUUGUCCAGUCAUGCAUAUAGAAGAAUUAUAAUUGGUGUAUUUAUAUAUGAUACAGUAAGGACAGUAAGCGGGAAAUGACAGGAAUCAUUGAAGUGUUUCAUAUUAAAAUAUACGAAAAUAUUAAUGGAGGUAUUCUACGUAUUGUACACUGUACCGUACCCUAGCUGUACCUGUACCUGUACCCAGUUAUGUAUACACGAUACCAGAUUUGCAUCGGAGUGAUAUCAAAUUUUACAGUUUCAAGAGGAAUUUAGCACUCAAAAUUAUGAUAAUAUAGCAGAAUUAGUCAAAAACUUCAAAUAUGAAAAGUUGUAAGAGGCCAAAAAGCAUCUUAGUUGAUGUUGCUCAACUCGUUCUGAUGUGAAUCCGGUAUUGUGUAACUGGGGCCUUAGGUGUCCGGAUAAUUAAGCCUAGUAGACUGGGUUAUAAAAGUGGGCAUAGAUUGGAAUCACAAGCAUGCAAUCACAUGUGCAUGCAUCAGCUUAUCAUAGGUGUACAGGGGCUGACAAACAUUUGCCCAAACUUGUUUGAAAUAGACAAGUUUGGCUAAGUUUGUUUAUACCCAAUUCAUGACAUUAGAUAACUCACAGGAAAGGUUUGAACUGCUUGUUUAUACCCAAUUCACAGCUUUAGAUAACUCACACACCUAGUUUGCUAUUGUUCUAGUUUACAGAAGCAUAGAAUAGAACAAAGGUAACUAUGUCUAAGCUUUAGAAUUAUCUACAUGAGUGAAUUACUCUUAUACAUAACUCUAAUGCCCAGUAGGUACUUUUGUUCUAUUCUAUUCUGCUGUAAACUAAAACAAUAGUAACUAGGCAGCAACAAUGUUUCAUACCACACCCACAAACAGUUUAUGAGCAAAACAAAAAGCUUUGAUUGACAAACUUUUGGGAAGGAACAUUUUGAAACCUAGUUUCAAAUGGUGUGCUUCACAGUAAGAUGUCCUUUCGAUAAUUUCCUACCUCAUUCCUACUAACCUCCUGACAGAUGGUUUUGGCUUGAAACCAGGUGAUCUUGUGUUCGUAUUUUAGCCAAUCAGCGCUCAGAAAGGGUUGUCCGAAUAGAAAUCCAUUUUGAUGUAUUCAGUCAAUUAUACCUUUCAUUAUUCUUUAUGAAACUAGUUGAAAUUUUGUAAUUAUGUUUGGUUAUGAGAACUAUAGCUCUGACAAAAAUAUGUAGUCGAAAUAAAGUAUAUUACAGGAGAUAUUCAGUUGUUUUAAUCAUAAAAUGGAUUUCUAUUUGAUAACUAGUGCCAGUACUUUUCCGUGUAUCAAGAUCACCUGGAAUGUUGAAGUGUUUAGUAGACAGAAGCCAUGGCAGCUUGUGAAGGGCCCCACAUCUGAGGUUGUCUAAGGUAGUCAGGUUUAUUUUUAAAUUUAGGUGGGAAAAGAGUCAAGCUACAAAUAUGGGACACAGCUGGACAAGAAAGGUAAAUUUCACAAAGUCCAGUACUCUGCGGAUUCAGAAUUUCAGUGCAUCAUUCAAAAUGAAAACAGAUCACAUAGAUAAAACUAACAAGCCCAAGGAGCAGGCUUUUAGCCAGAAUGGCAUCCUGGGACGCCCCUAGAACGAAAAAUGGACGCCCAAAUUCUGGGGAAAAAGGAAAUUAUUUUCAAUUACUUCCCUAAGUAUUUGAAAAAAUAGAGGAUGUGUAGCCAGGUUGAAACAUUAUUUAUUGAACGUUCUCUGACUUAAUAUUAAUAUAUCUGAAACGAAAAAAACUUCAAUUCUCAUUAUUAUUAUACAUUUGACAUUUUGAUCACUUUGAUGGUGUACCUGGCUGAAUGAAAAUGUCGUCGUUAAGUAAAGAAGCAUAGCGGCACGAACUCACAAAGCCAAGUGUGUUUGAAAGAUUUCGAACUAGCUUGGAACAGAUACUGACAUGAAGUAACGUAAACUUCAAAGGUUUUCUCGAAUCCUCCCCCCUCUCUUUCCUGUAGAUGUUUCGUUAUACCAAAAUUGGAUGCCUUCUUUUAGGACCCUGACUAAAAGCCUGCCAAGGAGUGUUAUUAGAUGCACCCCUGUCCUUUCUUUCUCGGAAUGGGCUGGUACUCUAUGCUUUCAUCCAUUGAUAAGGUUAGAGAAAAAAAAUUUAUUUACCAUACACACUGUUUUUAUUUUAUAACUAGAUUUCACACAAUCACAACAGCAUACUACCGAGGGGCUAUGGCGAUCAUUCUUGUCUAUGACAUAACAAGCGAAACCUCAUUUAGAAACAUAACAAAGUGGAUGAGACGAAUCGAGGAAAACGCGACCGAAGAUGUGGAACGACUCAUUAUUGGCAACAAAUGCGAUCUGGAAAGCAAACGGGAAGUUAGCCGCGAGAGUGCGGAAUUAUUUGCUCGCCGGCAUAAUGUAAAAGUUAUAGAAUGUAGCGCGAUGGAAAGUAUAAAUAUAGAUAAAGCAUUUGAGACUCUUACCCAGGAUAUUUUGAAUAAGGUGUGUCCGCCACAAGAGAAGGAAGAGCCGACGCCUAAAGGGAAAAGAAAAAAGAAUAAAAAUGUGAAAUUAAACAAACAGAAUAACAAUAAAAGUGGUGGGGGCUGCUGUUGAUUGUGGAUGAUAGACCAGGACAGUGGUGGACAUUUACAACAGGAUGUUAGGUGUGCGAAUGUUGUGGACAUAUUCUGAGAUUUGUACCCUUUUGAUGCUCAAAACUUUUUGGCCUCACAUUUAAUCCUAAUUUCCUUAGGAGGAGAAUUGAAUAUCUUUUAGAGACUUUAAGAAAAUAAGGGUGCUCUAAUCUCCCCUCCCUAGUGUCCACCACAGAUAAAGAAAUAUAUUAACCGUGUUUUGGUUUACAAAAUGAUAGAGAAUGCUCGAUAUAAUAGAUGAGCAAAUAGUAUAGUUUUCCUUACCUCAAGGUUUUUAAUUCAAUCUGUUUUCAUCCAAUGAAAUUGUCUGGUUACUCACCUGAAAGUUCCUACAAUGGUUGAAGCAGAGUCUAUUGAAAACCUUGGUAUAGGCUAGAAAUAAAUUAAGCAGAGUCUGAAUUAUUUUUAGUAUCCAGCUGGGAUACCAUGAUUUGAAGUUUACAUAUCCACCCUGAGAAUCUGGUAUCCCAUUUCUGGAUACUGAUUACCAGAAGCAUUUUCCUCUGAGCCAUCCAAAUAAGUAUCAGUUACUCUCAUAAGUCUCGUUGUUAUAAAUUACAAUAAAAUCCGGAGACUCAAACAGUCAACAAGCAGAUGAUAAAGAGAGGUUCAGAUCUGACUUCCUGUACCACUACUGCUACCUCUCACUGGCUUAAUACACAUUUGAUUGGUUAAUUGGGUGGCUUAAAUGCAUCUGAUUGGUUAAUUGGGUAGCUUAAAUGCAUCUGAUUGGUUAAUUAACUUAAUUGUAGUGGUAGUCAAAAUCUGAGCCUCUCUAGUUGGCAUCGUGAAUAGACCUUUCCCCUUUUGAGUGAAGUUCUGAUCUAGACAAGUCUGGACAGAAAUUUCACCACAGCUUGAACGAGCAUCACAAAAUUAGUAAUAUUCCGAAGUUUCGUUGCGAAAUGUUGUAAAAUGCGGAUAAUAUAGCCCUGCGAAGUUUGCCGUUUUUCAGUCAUUUUGUAUUACAAAAGGGGAAAUUGAUAAUCAGUUUGGUCAUCUGAUUAUCAAUUUCCGUUUGUAAUGCAAAAUGACUGAAAAACGGCAAACUUCGCAAGGCUAUAUUAUAGGCUACACUCAUAAGGAGAAAUUUCCCGUUUGUAAUGCAAAAUGACUGAAAAACGGCAAACUUCGCAAGGCUGUAUUAUAGGCUACACUCAUAAGGGGAAAGGUCUAUUAACCCAGUGAGCGCCUUGCUCUCUUCUUGAUGAGUAAAUUCAUCUGGCGUUAGACGGAGUAAAAUAUUCCAUUAGGGUGCAAUGUUGCAGCUUAAUGGGUUAGUAAUACACAAAAAUGCACAUAAACCUUUAACAAACUUUUAUUUGCUAAUCUUGAUUAUGGAAAGGCUGGUUAUUUUCAAGGUGGCUUCUAAUAAUCAAACGCUAUCCGGACAUUUGAUGUUAAAUUUUGUUAAAUUUUGUCAUAUUCAGUAGGGAUACAAGUCAUUCACAGUUUGUGUCCCAAAAUCAAAUUUUGGUAUCCUGCGGAUAUAUUUCAGACUCUGUUAUGUACAGUAUGUAACCCUUAGUUAUGCUGUCCGUACAUUGAUAGAUCAAAAGGCAUUGUUGUUUACCUACAAUAUAGAAUAUUAUAAUUUACUGUUGUAUCAUUAAUUGCUGUAUACUGUAUAGUCGGUAUUCCCAAUAGAAUGGCACACACAGUGAUUUUCACUGUCUAUACCGUGGACUAUCGCCGGCUGUUUCUCAAAAAUAUAAACCAAAAUGUUUCAUUUUACUGCAGAAAUGUCAAGGGAAAGGUUUCUUGGUGUAACAUAAAUUCUACAUAUAUUGUUCGUUAAAUGUUUGGAUAAUAUGAAAAAUCUCCAGAACUAGCCAUCAAAAUGGCUGGAAAUGUCAUUGGGUUUGAAUUUCAAAAUCUCCACGGUGAGACCUAGCCCCGAUUUACCCCCAGUGGGCUAUCUUCGACACCACAUACCCCUUUUUUUCAAAAGGUAUCCUCCUAAAUUCUGUUGGGAACACCAUGUAGUAGUGCAUGUAGUAAUUUGUUCAAAUGAUUAUUUUUAAUAAAAAAAUGUUGUAAAUAGUAGCCUGUGCAGUAAAACAAAGUAUUUUAUUUUAUUUUGGUC